UUUGUGAACGGGUCGCAAUGGCGUUGAACGAGCAGAAUGUGCAUUUAGGAAUACAGAAAUGUCAGUAAAUGAGUGGUUCUCAUCGAUACCGCGAAGGGGGUCCGCGUUUUGAUUGCAAGUAGCGAUGCAACGAUGUGCUCGCUCACUCUGUUUCGCAGGGUUGCAAUGUCGAGCUUCCCAAAUGAGAUGUUUUUUUCAUGUUUGCACUCUGGCGCAGCGGCGCGUCGACAAUGUGCCAUUUUGACAGAUCUUCAUAUGUUAACGCGAUGCUACAAAUCCCUUAUUUUCCAUCAGCAUAAACAGCAAUCUCUAUUAACGUUGUAAUGGAUGGUGCGUUUUACCGCACAUAAAAUUGAGACAUACGGCUUACAUUCAGCAUAAAAGAUCGACUUUGUUCAUUCAUAAUACCAGCAAAAGAGAGCGACAACGCUCGGUAUUGUGGUGAAAUGGCUCUCAGAUUUCGUGCAGCCGACGUAAAACCGAAGCGAACGUGGGUGACAUUUUAGAAACGUUCGUUGCAUUUAUUUGACCUUAAACGUGUUGAAAAUGGUCACUGUGCCUUCGCCGUGACUAUUUACGUUUACUCCGAGUAGUAGACAAGACAUCGUUAACGAUGCCGUUGGUUAACAUUGUUGCUAUCUGACACCGACGUCAAGGUAAACAACGGAGCUAGCUCUAUUUCCGGAAAAGUUUUUCACGAUAAAAUAGGAUGCAUUGGCGCCUGUCAGAUUUCUUCAUCGUUUCUCUCAACAUUUUUGACCUUGUUGAUAAUUAAAAACAACAACAUCAAACAUUAACUUCAAAAAGACCUGGCGUCCACAUCCGUGUACAUCAAAUUCAUUGAAUCAUAUAGGUUACAAAAAUAAUAUUUGUUAUAAAGGUGUGGACUAUAUGACGACCCAAAAAGUGUGUGUUUGUUUUUUAAAUAAACAUAUCCUCAGAAGUUGGUAGAGUAGCCAAAAAUUUUACGCAAACAAGAGUAGCGUUACUUCUAAAUAAUAUUACUCUGGUAAAAGUAAAAGUCAUCCAAAAAUUUACUCAAGUACAAGAAAAAAGCAUUCGUCUAAAUUAAGAAUACUUAAGUCAUGAGUAACAUUGUGAGUAACUGCUUACAAUGUCGGAAUAGAAAAUAUAAUAGGAUUUUUUUUCUCAGCACAACUAUAUGAACUGGUAUUAUUAUACUAUACUAUAACCUCAUAAAUCAACUAUUUGUCAAUAUUAGUUCAUCAACUAUAAAGCAAUGUUAACCCACCCAUCGCCUGACAUACCAUAGAACAGUGUUUUUCAAGCAGUGUGCCAUGAGAGAUCGUCAGGUGUGCCGUGAGAAAUUCUUCAAUAUUCUUCUAACUAUCUCUGCUGAUCACAUGUCAGUUUGUCAGCCAAUUGAAUGGAUGAAUGAGUCCAGGCGUUUUGCUUUGCUGCAUGCAUUCGCACAUUGACGUGACUCAUCAUCGUCAGACUCCGCAGCAGCUAGGGAAACCUCCAUGCCGUCGGUGGAAUAAAAUAAAUGAUAAAUAUCAGUGAAAACGGAUUACGCUACACAAGCACUUUAUUAUGCUUGCUGUUAACACUUGUGUAUGUAAAUCUGAUGUUGGUACAUUGUUUUCUUCUUGGAGAUGAAAUGCAUGAGUGGAAGCUUAGCAUUUUUUUUUUUUUAAAUAACGUUUUGACAGUUACAGUCAUAUUUUUGGAAUCAAAGCACCGUGUACCGGAACAGCAUUCUGGCCCUGAAUCUUAUACCGGAACUGCGUUUCUGACCGUUCUGGCCCACUCUCACCCCUGGGCGCCACUGAUAGAACAACGUUGUUUCAACAUCACUUGAUGUCGAAAAUUUAGAUGUCAACCAUACUGAUGAUUUUGAUAGAAAAUCAAUGUUUAUUCAAUGUCGGCCUGCUAUCUGAGUAUUAUCACAGAUAUUUACACUUAAGUUUUUUUUUUUAAUGACAAAAAUAGUCAUUUGCUCUGUAGAGGAUGAAUAAAGAAAAUUAGACGAGCAAUUUGGCUGGCUUCUCUAGAUUUUUAACUCAAGUUAACGCUAUUGAGUUUUUUUUUUUUAAUAAAGAAUUUAAAAAAAGAUGAAGUGGUAUUAGUUGACUUGAAAAUCCAACCGUGUUUUUUUUACACUGUACAAUUAUGAAUAUUAUUGCUGUUCACUAUUUUCUUCUAUAUUCAAUCAUCAAUAUCGUACUGCAUUUUUCAAUUUGCUAUUAAUGUAUGCUUUUAUUUUAGCAGUCGGUGAUGUUUUCACUUCCUGUCAUUUUCAUUCCUCCUCCCGGAGCCAGGAAGUCCUUGGCUCGGCUCGAGUUCUCUUGUUUUCCUCGCGGAUGUAGUUCCCUGCUGGGCCGUGUGACAAGGCGGGCUAGUAGUAGCUAGUAGUGAUGUGGCCGCGAGGACCGCGGGCGGCGGAGCGAUCUGCGUCACGACAAAGAGGAGCACCGAGACGUUAGCUUCGCAACUAGCCGGCGAGCUUGCGUUCCAGGCGCCGCGGCGCGUGUUCGUGCUAUGGUCGACGCUAAGCUAACAACGUCAAAAUACGUUAUUUUAAGACUAAUAACUUGAUUCAUAUUUGUACUCGAGAAUGGAGAAGAAAAGAUGGGAUUGCACUGCACUCCCCAAGGGCUGGAAAAUGGAAGAAGUGACCAGAAAGUCGGGUUUGUCCGCCGGAAAAAGCGACGUCUAUUAUUUUAGUCCAUCUGGGAAGAAGUUCCGGAGCAAGCCUCAGUUGGCUCGAUACCUCGGCAACCAAAUGGACCUGAGCUCCUUCGACUUCCGUACGGGGAAGAUGCUAAUGAGCAAACUGAACAAGAACCGGCAGAGGAUGCGCUACGAUAAUAACAACCAGAACAAGGGCAAACCAGACUUGAACACUUCACUUCCAGUCAGACAGACGGCCUCCAUUUUUAAACAGCCCGUUACCAAGGUUACCAACCACCCCAGCAACAAAGUCAAGAUGGAUCCACAAAAGGCAGUGGACCAGCCCCGUCAGCUGUUCUGGGAAAAGAAACUAAGUGGCCUGAAUGCUUACGACAUUGCGGAAGAGUUGGUGAAAACAAUGGAGCUGCCCAAAGGUCUCCAAGGCGUCGGUCCCGGCUGCACAGACAAGACGCUUCUGUCCGCCAUCGCCAGUGCACUCCACACCAGCGCCGCCCCCAUCACCGGCCAGCUGUCGGCCGCCGUAGAAAAGAACCCGGGCGUGUGGCUCAACACUACGCAGCCCCUCUGCAAGGCUUUCAUCGUCACCGACGAGGACAUAAGGAAACAGGAAGAGCUGGUGUACAGCGUGCGGAAGCGUCUGGAGGAGGCGCUCAUGGCUGACAUGUUAGCACACGUAGAGGAGGCUGCGGCCGGUGAAAGCGACGCCAUCAAGGACGAAGGAAACGGCAGCGAGGACAUGGAAAGCGUAUAGCCGAGGCAGACCGCAGUCUUUUUCAUCUCCUGAGCGGAUGUCGGACGAGCUUUCUUAACGUCCGCCACUAAACUCAAGCGGACUGACCGCGAUGUCUGUUGUGGUCGCUAGAUGGCAGCCUCGCGUGGAAAAAAAAGAAGCCCCCUUAACCAAAACAGGAAGUGACAUCCUCCGAACUGUUCACAAAGUAAAUGUCACAGCCUGUGCUGGAUGAGAAUUGAAUUGAAUUCAAAUUUAGGAGUGUUUUUAUUUUCUUGACAAAAAUGUCGGGAAAUGUUUGAGUACAUUCUCAUUUUUUGAAGAUUUGACAUGCAGGUUUUACGUAUUUUGCAUAAGUUUUUAAAUUUGAACUAUGCCCGAUUUAUGUACCAAGUACAGAUUGUCGCGCACGCGUCAAUUUGGGCAUCCUCAUGAUCACGCACAAACCUUUAUCUGUUUUUGUUUUUCAUAAUACUGUAUGUGUCAUGGUGGCAACACAUAACUGAUGUCAAAGAAAACCACAGUCAUUACUUAAUAAGGACUUGAUAGUUCAUGCUUUUAUUUUCUGGUUUAAAUCUUUCAUUGUUGCUGUAUAAUGUUAAAUACUUCCCACUGAAAUUAUCUGUUCAAUAUCAUCAGAUGAAUGCUGAUGUGAAUUUGAUUGUAUUUGGUGAAUAAAAGUCACUGCCGUUAAA